GCCCGGCUGGGUCCCUGUCGCGGAAGCUGGCCCGUCCACUAUGGCCGCGGGGAGCGCCCCGGGGUGGGCCGUGGGGGCCCUCGGAGUGGUCUGCCUGUUGCUCCAGUUGGAUUUCAUUAGCUGUGAUUCCCAAGUAAUAUAUGGAGCUGUGAACAAGAAUGUAACUUUAUACGCAUCAAGUUUUAAACCCUUUAAGGAGAUCGUGUGGAAAAGAGGAAAGGAUAAAGUUGUAGAAUGGGAUGACCAAUCUGAAGUCAGAGCUUUUCUAUCUUUUAAAGAUAGAGUUCAUUUAGACACUGUGUCGGGUAACCUCACAAUCUUCAAGUUAACACGAUCAGACGAAGAUGAGUACGGAAUUGAAUCCCCAAGUGUUAGAAAUAACAGCAAGUUCACCCUCAAAGUGAUCGAGUCUCUUCCAUCACCAACACUAUCUUGCGCAUUGACUGACGGGAACAUUACACUCCAGUGCAUGAUCCUGGAAGCUUACGACACCCAUGUAGAACUCAUACAGUACUCCUGGGACUGUCCUUCAACAAUACAGUGUCCGAGUGGCUCAAAACCAUCUGAAGCGUAUGUUACGAAGGAAGGUGAUCUUUCACAGGAAAUUCAGUGUAUCAUUAGCAAUCCAUUAUUCAGAAGGACAACGUCAAUCAUUUUGUCAACCUGUGUCCCGAGUGACAAUACAAGGCACAGGUUUGUGCUUUUAGCCAUACUGCCAGCACUAAUAUGUGGUUUGCUGUUUAUAAAAUGUUUUCUGGGACGCCCAUAGCAGAUAAACACAGAGAACUAGCACCUGUUGUUUGGUAACAGAAGAUGAAGUCAAACGCAUGCUAAUUAAGUUAUUUCAGUCACUUUGAGAAGGCAUCUGAUUUACCAUUUGAGUAUUACCUCAUCCUUGAGGAAACUUUGGAAGUCUAACCUGAAUGGACCCUUUAUAAGAAGCAAUGUUUCAGGACUUCCUUGGUGGCGCAGUGGUUAAGAAUCCGUCUGCCAAUGCAGGGCACAUGGGUUCGAUCCCUGUUCCGCGAAGAUCCCACAUGCCGCGGAGCAGCUAAGCCCGUGCGCCACAACUACUGAGCCGGCGCUCUAGAGCCUGCGUGCCACAACUACUGCAGCCUGCACACCUGGAGCCCAUGCUCUGCAACAAGAGAAGCCACUGCAAUGAGAAGCCCGAACAUUGCAACGAAGAGUAGUCCCCACUCGCCACAACUAGAGAAAGCCCGUGCACAGCAACGAAGACCCAACACAGCCAAAAAUAAAACAAAUAAAUAAAUAAAUUUAUAACAACAAAAAACAAUGUUUCAUGGAAGAAACAAGGACUAACAAACAACAGACAUUAGUUUCUACUCUGUCACCAACACUAUCACCAGAUACUAUUUUGUCCUGCAAUUGUUUAUUAUAAAUUGUA